AUGAAUGCUGAGUUUGUAACAAUCCAAGAAUUAAAACCUGCUGGACCUUGGAGCAGGAUUUGGCUGUACAGGCACCAAAGGUGCAAAAAUGGAUCCUUUGGUAUUGUGUUAUUCAACAACAGUCCUAUGAGGUACACCACAGAGCCUACAAAAAAUGUUUUCUCUGUGGCUGGCUUCAGUGCAUCCCAGACACCAGCCCCGGGGCAUGGGUCUCCCCCACUGCUCUUACUGCAUGGUGGCAUUGGGCGCUAUGGCUCAGUCGCACACAGCGCUAGCAGUGAUCUAAGCAGCUGGUGCUUCUGCCAGCUGGCAAACCAGAUCAUUAGAUUACAGAAACAUAGGAGUAUCUGUUUGGUGAAGAAUGCGAAACAUACCGCAUUUGCUACCUUUCCUACUGAAAAUGCAGCUGUGAAGGCUUUGUCAAGACUGCAUCAGCUGAAACUUUUAGGUCACACCUUAGUUGUUGAAUUUGCAAAGGAACAAGAUAGCGUGCAGGUACUUAGCCAGCCUUCUGUCUCAGAGAAGUGUAAAAGUUCAGAAGAACCAGUGAAAGACGAAGAGAAGAAAGAACCAAGCUGUGUUAAAAUUGAGACUGGAAUUGCACCUAACCAUGGCCUCACCUUUCCCAUCAAUUCUUGUCUCAAAUAUUUGUAUCCACCACCUUCAAGUACAAUUCUAGCAAAUAUAGCAAAUGCCUUGGCAAGUGUGCCCAAAUUUUAUGUCCAGGUACUUCAUCUUAUGAAUAAAAUGAAUCUUCCUCCACCUUUUGGACCAAUUACUGCUCGCCCUCCCAUGUAUGAAGAGUAUCUACCAGUGCCUGUGCCACCUCCCCCAAUCCCACCUCUGCCUCCUGAAGAGCCUCCUUUGCCUGAAGAGGAAGAAGAGCAAGUAUCUAGCGGAGAUGAAUCAGAAUAUGAAAGUGAUAAUGAGGAGGAAAAGGAGAGAAUGACCAAGUUGAUGGAAUUAGCAACGCUUCAGCCUAAAAGACCAAUAAACACAAAGAGGCGUGGUGUUAGAAAAAAGCAAAGAAUUAAAGACUUAUUGAAUGUUCCUGUGUGUACUCCCCACAGUAAUUUGCACCCUACGCUGUCACCUUCAGAUGUCUUUGAGCAGCCACAGCAUGUAGGUCAUAAAAAAAUUGAGUUCCAUAUUACUACUGACAUCCCAGCUGUUCUUCAGAUAAACUCAGAAAAGGAAGAAAAAAAUGACCUUCAUGCAACCACAGAAGAAGUCAAUAAUACAGGUUUUGGAAGGAUUUUUCCAGCUCCUAGCUCAAAUGAUAAAAUGGAAACUGAAGAAGAGGAUGAUGAAAUACCAUCAGAAUUUAUUUCUCGAAGGGAUCUUGAAAAAAAUAGACUUUCUAGAGAAGAAAUGGAAAAAUUUUCUGUUUUCAAAAACUAUGAGCCAGGUGAUCCAAAUUGCAGGAUAUAUGUGAAGAAUUUAGCUAAACAAGUUCAAGAAAAGGAUCUCAAAUUCAUUUUUGGAAGAUAUGUUGACUUCCAGUCAGAAGUAGAACGAAAUAUGUUUGAUAUACGUUUGAUGAAAGAAGGCCGUAUGAAGGGACAGGCUUUCAUUGGACUUCCUAAUGAAAAGGCAGCUGCUAAAGCUUUAAAAGAAGCAAAUGGAUAUGUCUUAUUUGAAAAACCCAUGGUGGUUCAAUUUGCUCGUUCAGCUAGACCAAAACAGGAUGCCAAUGAAGGGAAAAGAAAAAAGUAGAACACUGCAC